AUGAAUGUAGACAAGAAUUUGAUAAUAAAACAUUCAGUUUUCUAUUGCAUCAUCUUUGUUAAUAUUGGAAUAGAAUUCGCUUACAGAUAGCCUCUGUAUGAUGCAAGCUUAAAAAUAUAGCACGAUAUCUAGGAUAAUUGGACAUAAGCAGGUAAAGAUACAUUCUGGGCCUUUUCAUUCUGGGGUAAUGGUGCUCCUUACUACUUGACUUUUGUUUUCAUGCUUAAUUGGACCUCGAGAGCAAGAUCAUUUUACUACCUUCUCUUCCUAACUUUUACAAUUUUCAUAAUGAAUAUUACUAAGAUGGCCUAUCAUGAGCCAAGACCUUUCAUGAAGGAUGAUGAUCUUGAGCCCUAUGGUUGUUCUGCAGAGUAUGGCAAUCCAAGUGGGCAUUCUUUAUUUGCUGGUGCAUUUAACACUUUCUUUUUCCUCGAUUUAUGCCAUGGAGAUUAUAGCCCAAUGCAAAAUUAAUCAAAAUUCAAAUACUACAUUUUGCUUUUUCUAUCUAUUUCAUUGACAUCAUUGAUCUGCUUUGCUCGACUUUACGUGAAUGUUCACACAAUAAAUUAAAUUCUAUAUGGAUUAAUCUGGGGUAUUUGGAUAGCGUUUUAUUUUCACUUCUGCUUAAGAAAGGAUGUCCUAAGACACAUAAAUUCAAUCACAGUAAGGUCUUAAUCAAGGUAGAUUCCCUAUAGCUCUUGUAUUUUGAUAUCAACAAUAAUCGCUAUAAAUGUAUUAAUGGGUCAGAUUGUUACUUUUCUUAUCGUGGAUGAUAAUUUUGAGCCUAAUCAAGAGUGGAUUUUAAAUAUUGAGAAGAAGUGUAAAGUGAAUAUUAAAGAUAACAACAAUGUUCUGAAUUAUAAGUCAGUAGUCUAUAGUGGAUUUUGCAUGGCAUCCUACGGUGCAUACCUAGGUAUACUAUUUAGUAGGAAGAAAUUUGGCUAGGUAACAGAAGAUAUGCAUGAUAAAGCAAUAGUUAAGUUUCUGGCAAGAUAUCUAAUAAUUGGAUUGCUUACUCUUCCAUUUUUGCUGCCAUUUUUCUUGAUUUAAUGGACAGCAUCGUUAGCAGUGUUAAUCAUUUUCAAGACAUUAGUACCAUUCAUCUGUGUUGGAUUUGUUAUUUAUGGCCCAACUAUAUAUUUCUUUAGGAGAUUUAACUUAGUCAAAGAGACAAUAGGAAGCUCUUCUGUAAACUAUAGAGAAUCUUCAGAAUUUUAAUGA